UCUCUGUCCGGCAGGAUGCUGGAGGGCCCGAUGCCGGAGGAGUCGGAGCGGGGCUCUGAGGCGCCGUGCGCGGGGUCCUGCCACGCGCAGCGCGUCCUGCAGACCCUGAACGCGUACAGGCGGAGCGGAACCCUCACCGACGUGGUGCUGCGUGCCGGUGGCCGCGACUUCCCGUGCCACCGCGCUGCGCUUAGCGCGGGCAGCGCCUACUUUCGCAGCCUGUUCGCGGCCGGGCGGCCAGAGCGUGGACUAGCCGUGGUGCCGGUGAUACCCGAGGCGCCGGGCCCAGCCGGAACAGCGGUGGCGACGGCGCUGGCCGUGGUGCUCGACUACGUGUAUGGCGCGGGGGUGCGGCUGCGCGCCGAGGACGAGGCGGCCGCGGUGCUGGCGCUGGCCGAGCGGCUGGGCGUGGCGGGCCUGCGCGAGGCCUGCGCGCGCUUCCUCCAGGGUCGCCUGCGCGCCGCGAACAGCCUGGCGCUGCGCCGCGUGGCCGCCGCCUUCUCCCUCGCCUCUCUGGCCGAGAGUUGCGGCCGCGUGCUGCGCCAGGCCUUCACCGAGGUGGCGCGCCAAGCCGACUUCUUGGAGCUGACGUCCGACGAGGUGGCAGCGCUGCUGGCCGACCCGGCGCUAGGCGUGGCGCACGAGGAGGCCGUGUUCGAGGCAGCCAUGCGCUGGGUGCGCCACGACCCGCCGGCCCGCCGCGGACAGCUGCGACGCUUGCUGGAGCACGUGCGCCUGCCCCUGCUAGCGCCCGCCUACUUCCUGGAGAAGGUGGAGGCUGAUGAGUUGUUGCAGGCCUGCGGCGAGUGCCGCCCACUGCUGCUAGAGGCCCGUGCUUGCUUCAUCCUGGGCUGCGAGGCCGGCACACCGCGGGCCCGGCCUCGGAGAUACAUGGACCUAGCUGAAGUGAUCGUGGUCAUCGGCGGCUGUGACCGCAAGGGGCUCCUGAAGCUGCCCUUCGCCGACGCCUACCAUCCAGACAGCCGGCGCUGGACCCCACUGCCCAGCUUGCCUGGCUACGCGCGCUCAGAGUUCGCGACCUGUACUCUCCGCAACGACAUCUACGUCUCUGGAGGCCACAUCAACAGUCGUGAUGUGUGGAUGUUUAGCUCCCAUCUGCACACUUGGAUCAAGGUGGCCUUGCUGCACAAGGGCAGGUGGAGGCACAAGAUGGCGGUCAUGCAGGGGCAGCUGUUCGCGGUGGGCGGCUACGAUGGCCUGCGGCGCCUGCGCAGCAUGGAGCGCUACGACCCCUUCUCCAACACCUGGGCGGCCGCGGCCCCGCUCCCCGAGGCGGUGAGCUCAGCCGCUGUCGCACCUUGCGCGGGCCGGCUCUACGUGAUCGGGGGCGCCGGGCAGGACGGCAUCAGCACCAACAAGGUGCAGUGCUUUGACCCCAAGGAGGACCAGUGGAGCCUGCGGUCACCAGCACCCUUUUCACAGAGGUGUCUCGAGGCUGUCUCCCUGGAGGACACAAUCUAUGUGGUUGGGGGCCUCAUGAGCAAAAUCUUCACCUACAACCCUGGCAUGGAUGUCUGGGGGGAGGCAGCUGUCCUCCCCAGCCCGGUGGAAAGCUGUGGCCUGACUGUGUGUGAUGGGAAAGUCCACAUCCUUGGCGGGCGGGAUAAUCAUGGGGAAAGCACCGACAGGGUCUUCACCUUUGACCCCAGCAGUGGGCAGGUGGAGGCCCAGCCAUCCCUGCAGCGCUGCACCAGCUCCCAUGGCUGCGUCACCAUCGUCCAGAGCCUGGGCAGGUGAUUCAUACUUGAACCAGGAGGUGGGGAGGGGAGGGAGAACUCAGGCUCACCACUGCUCCCCUCAUGGCACUUCCAUGUAAACAGCCUCUUAACUUACUGCCCUUUUUCUUGUAGA